CGAAGUGAGAUCUCUAUGGUCAACCAUCGUAAAACCGAAGAAGAAGAACUAGGCAUGCGCAGUAAGUUCAAGAGUCCUGUCAAGAUGGCGGUGAGUAGAGGGCUUAUGAGCGUGUGGAGGACACAUUGUGGCGUUUUCCCGCGGUACCUGUUCCCCGCUGCAGUCCGAGCACAGAGCUCGACUAGCGGGAACACGCUGCCUCACACGUCGCUGUCGCGGCCCCCCUGGGAGGGGCAGGUAAGCCUGGUCCCGGCGGAAGUGGAGCGGAGCCGUCACGCCGCGGUGGUCAGCGCCGUGCAGCAGCGGCUCCAGCGGCAGGACUUCGGCCGGCUGUUUGCUGUGGUGCACUUCGCGGGCCGCCAGUGGAAGGUCACCGACGAGGACUUGAUUCUGAUCGAGAACCACAUCGAGGCGGAGUGCGGGGAGCGGAUCCGGAUGGAGAAGGUGCUGCUGGUCGGCGCGGGAGACUUCUCCCUGGUCGGGAGGCCUCUGCUGGGGAAGGACCUGGUCCGAGUCGAAGCUACCGUGAUCGAGAAGACCGAGUCCUGGCCUAAAGUCCUCAUGCGUUUCUGGAAAAGACACCGGUUCCAGUACAAGAAAAUAAUUGUCCAGCCGCAGACGGUGCUGAGGAUCAACAGCAUCGAGCUGUCCCCCCGACUGUCCUGACCAGAGACUGCUUCAGGAACAUGGUUGUCCUCCAGGGCGAGACAGAUGUCCCCAUCUCCUGUUACCAGAUGUUGUUCUGGACAGGUGUCUUUAGUUACGUCAGAAAAAAGGAUAUAAAAGUGAAACAAUUCCACCUCAGCUUAACGUGGUCUGGAUUUGAUCAGACCCGUGACGUCAUCCACCUGCAGCUGACAGGUGUGGCUGGAGGAUUUGGUUUCAAUCUUGAAGAUUCAACAUCCAGACUUCAUGUGUUGACUUGCAGAAAUAAAAUGUGUGAAACCAGUGCUAGCA